AUGAAUGAGAGCUUCGACCACUUUGAUGUAAUGGCUCGGACGCCAGCUUUGGCCGAAAGCGAAGAUAUGGAGUCCGAGGGUACAGAUUUUGAUGAAUCGGAGUUCACGUCCUCUGUUGUCGACCGAUACGGUUUUAGCGGGGGCCAGCAAUACACAGAUCCCACAAAAGAAUUUCUCCCUCCUAUCGAUGUAGUGCGUUCGCGCGAGAUGAAAUGGCUGGGUAUGUGUCGUAACUGGAACUAUUGGUCUACUACGGGAAUAAAAAAACUGCGGGAACGCUGUCGCAAGGGCAUUCCAGAUUCCAUGCGUGGUGAGGCCUGGCAACGACUGGUGGGUAGUGCAACCACCAAGUUCGAACAAAUAAAGGCCUACGUCGCUGAACCCGUAGAGCCUCGGGGUCGGGUCAUGUCCCCACUACGCAGGCUCUUUGGUAGUUCUUAUCGUCUCAGCGGUUCUCGUAGCCUCCCCACUGUGGUCACUAAUUCGCCCAGUACCGGCAGGAGUCAUGUUCUUGAGGCACCGCUAUUCUACCUUCCUGAAUUUCUUUACCGAUGGCGCCUUCACUCUUCCUUUAGACAUGCACUCCUGCCACAGGGUUUACCACCGGUGGCACCUCGCGCCGUUGCUCCCGAUGCUCCAUCUACCCCCUCAGGCCACCGUACCAGCUUUUCGCGCCGUAAGGCCUCCAACCAGUUUAAGUCUUUCCGCAAGUUCAGCUCCCUCUUUCGCCUCAACACCACUACCGCUGCUGUCGCUGCAGUUCCAAUCGGCUCCAUUGCCUCUGCUGAGACUGAAAAUGAAGCAUCGGCCUCCCAUCUGAUGGAUACUGAGGAGACGGAUGCGUCAAACUUUUUCCAACGCGGCGAAAUGCUCGUCAAUCUCGAGGGGAGUGGGGAGCGCUCGCGUACUUACAGCGCCGCCCUGCCUUCGGCUGCCUACCUUGGUAUCCCUAUUAGCAACAAUAACGGGGGUGGGGCUGGUGGCGGGGGUGGAAGUGGUAGUAGAGAGGGCGGUAGGGGUCCACAACCCAGUGAUAGCACCACAACCACCACCUCUACAGGCGUCUCAAUGGACGCCUACUCUCUCACUACAUCGAGUAACUUCUUUUUGACCGCUGAAAGCUCGGCUGAAAGUCUACGUGCCUCAGGCGUGGUCGAUUCCUCCCUCUUAAACUCACCUGCCUUGGCGUCGCACAACCACCUUUUCAUCGAUGAUGGGUGCUGUGGUGAGGCCUCUCCUAUUUCUUCACAAUUCUCUACCCUCUCCUCGACAAACCGCUCCUCCGACGGCAUCGACGUGGAUGCGGACAAUACUGGGGACAGUUCCUCCCCACCCCUUUCCCUCCUCAUGCUACGUGAUCAGCACCUCCCUGGAGCCGCCUCUAUUGCUGCCGCAAAGGAGCGUGAGGCGACUCUGGUGGCACCGGCUUCCUGCUCUCUUCCCGAUCCCUACGUACUCUACGCCGCCUACGCAGCCCAGGAGGGUGAUCCAGUGACAUGUGAUCAGAUACGCAAGGAUAUCCACCGUCAGUUCCCCUUCCAUGAGCUCUUCUGCUCCAAAAACAGUUGUGGACGCGAAAGCCUCUUCUCCAUUCUAAAGGCCUACACUAUUCGGCAUCCCAACAAAGGUUAUUGUCAAGGUCAAGCACCACUGGCAGCGGUUCUGCUCAUGUUUAUGCCUGAGGUGGAGGCCUUCUGGACCUUUACUGAAAUCUGUGAACGAUACCUCGUUUCCUACUACGAUGAGGGCUUGGUAAUUUCAAUGGGAUUAAAAAUUGCGGGGCUUUACGAUCCACUGGUUGAAAUUAUGGAACUUAUUCAGAUUGACGGUCAGAUUCUAUACGGCCUUCUCAAACGCCUCUUUCCUCAAAUUUAUAAAUUCCUGAUGAAGCAUGGCGCCGAACCAAUAAUGCUGGUGGUAGAGUGGUUCAUGUGUGUCUACACCCGCACUCUUCCAUGGGCUUCUGCUCUUCGGGUCCUCGACAUGUUCUUCUGUGAAGGUGAGUUGGCCCAUCCAUUUUAUUGCCAUAUUUUUAUAUCAAAUCACACCGGAUUCGAAAGAAGACAGCGUUCUCAACACAACAAAGAAGAUGGACAUUCUCUGUGUUCUUCGUCGCCGAUUAACUUUCGUAAAUUUAAGAAUAUCCUACGUCUUCUAGGUAAAAUAAUAAUUUUCAAGGUCGGGCUGCUAUUGCUCUAUCGAUGUUUCAACAGUGCUACCUUCCGCAAAUCCUGCGGAGGAGUCGACGAAAUUCUUCUUCAAGCUCAAACUGUGCCCUUUAAGCUCGACAACCCCGAGGAGUUGGUUCAUGAUAUCUUACAAAUCCGCAUUGACCGUCGUCAAGUAGCGCGAGAAGUGCGGAAGCAGAGUCGACGGUGGCAAGCUCGCAUGAGCGGAAUACUUGAAAAGGCAAACGAGAGGUGA